AUGCAAAACCAGGUCAAUAUCGAAUUCGUCCCAGUUCUGGACGACCCCCGAACCUGGUCUCCGACGCGGAAGAAUGUCGUGUUGUUCAUCAUCUCUGCUGCCGCAAUGAUAGCUGGACUGGGGGCUAACAUUCAAAACCCUGCUAUACAGCAAAUGGAAGAGCAGCUUCCAGCUACUAGCUCGCAAAUAAGCUUGUCGCUGUCCCUUUUCAUCUUGCUGCAGGGCACAGUCCCGCUUCUCUGGAGCGCCCUUAGCGAAAUCAAGGGCAGAAAGCUCGUCUACAUCCUGUCUGUUGGAUUGUCCACGGUUGGGUGUAUCGUAACGGCACUCGCCCCGAACAUUGGGCUCGUUAUCGGCUUUAGAUGUCUUCAAGGUGCUGGGUAUGAACAUUCUCGUUAUCUCACUCACUAUUACUCGACUGAGGCAAGUGAUAUUUGUGAUACGAACAGCUCUGCGUCUGUUAUAUCGAUUGGCGGGGCUACACUGGCUGAUCUCUACCCCCCGUCUAUCAGAGGCACGAAGAUGGGAAUAUACUAUGCGGCACCACUGCUUGGUCCUUCCCUUGGCCCUAUCCUUGGUGGCGCGCUGACGGCGGGGUUCUCCUGGCGUGCAUGUUUCUGGUUCAUGGCGAUCUUCUCAGGCCUCAGCUUCCUAUCGUUUCUAUUCUUCUUCAAGGACACGUGGAGGAAAGAGCGAAGUCUGACCUACCAGAACGUAUUGCGAGCGAGAUUGCGGGAGUUAGAGGCCAGUGAGAACAAGCGGGACAGCGUUAGUGCGAAGAACCUGGGAGCCGAAACCCCAUUGCCGGACCACGCUUCCUGUGUUACAGAAAUAACUGCUGCUCCGACGGAAAAGUCGGCUCACACGGCGGAUCCAUUGAUAGAUAUCCUAAAGAACACCGUCGUCGAAUCCAAAGGCCUCCCUCCUGCGCUUGAACUUCCCGAAAUCAAACUUUCUCUCAAAGAUGUAAAUCCUGUCAGGCCUCUUUUGCUCGUAUUACGAAGGCCCAACAAUUGUAUCAUUCUCUUGGCUUCUGGUUCUUUCUUUGCUUUCGGGUUCCUCAUUUCCUACACGACGGCUAGAACUCUAGGAAACAUGUACCACUACAAUGCGUUGAAGGUAGGACUUGUUCUUCUAUCUUUCGGCAUAGGUAGCCUGGGUGGAAGUUUGUUGGGGGGACGUUAUUCCGACUACACAUAUAGAAAACUCAAAGAAGGAAACGGAGGCAAAAGUUCACCUGAGAUGCGUUUGAAGAGCACUCUUCUCGGGCUUGUCCUUCUUCCCCCCUCCAUCAUCGGCUUUGGUUGGGUAAGCCAUCAGCAUCUCCAUAUAUCCGCAAUAUGCGUUAUGCUGUUCUUGAACGGUUUCUUCUCCAUCUGGAUAUAUGCCAGCACACUUGCUUAUAUCGUAGACGCCAAUAACGGCCGUUCUUCUACUGCUAUGGCAUCAAAUAGCGCCUUCCGCGGCAUCUCUGCUUUCGCUGCGACCGAGAUUGCUGUACCGCUUCAGGACGCGGUAGGAGAUGGCUGGAUGUACACAAUAUGGGGCCUAAUCAUGGUAGUUACCGAGCUCCUCAUAUUGCUCGUCAUCUGGAAAGGCGGAAAAUGGAGAGAGCGGGCCGAGGAACGUGAAGCGCGGUCUCGCUUGAAGCAGUGA